CGAUACCGUCCAGCAGCACGCCACGCACAAUAACUCUAAUAGUAAUCCUAAUCACACCACUCCUCAUAUACGUACCACCACGCUUGACAGGCCAUUGACCCUCAGCACCUUUUUUAUCUGGCCCCCUUCCGCCUCUACCUUCGCCUCCUUCACCUCGACUUAUACCAGCGACGAUAGCAGGUAUAGGAGCACAGCCUCCUCCAAGGUUACGAUGCCCGUGUCGGCAUUUGCGGCCCCGGAAAGAACGGCGGCCAUCGCAGCCAGCACGUCUGCCGUUAGCGUUCACGGCCUUCACGGCCCCACGAGCACCUACGUCGUUGCGAACAAGGCUGCCACCACGGGCCACUGGCGGCCGCACUCUGCUCAGAGCGGCCGUAGUAGUCGAUCAGGAAACCCCUUGUUUGCUCGUUGGGCACGGCGGCAUCACCAGCAGCAGCAACAGCCUGUCGAUCCGAGAUCGUCGACAGAGACGCAGAACAGCAGUACCAGCAAGUCGAGGCGACACAACCACACGCGCAGCGGCAACUUGACGAGGACUGCCAGCAUCCAGAAACGCCAAUCCCACGCUGGUCUGCCACCGCCACUUACACGAGACGAGUUCGAAGCGCUCCCACUAGCCAUACAAAGAAAGUACUUCUCAACCCUCGAACGCCUUCGCUUUGCUCAAGAGUCUGGCACCGACCGUAUCUCUCAACAUUACGACCAAAUAUCGACACACAACUUCAAACGGCGAAGACCCCGCCAGACGCGAAGUGCCUCUCACUUCCCCGAGCCUCGCUUCAUCACCGCCGACUCGCUGCCUUUCACCAACCUCUCCGAUAAAAUCAAGAAGAGACUGCUUACCGGCGAAGAACAACUUGCUUUAGAAAGACGACCUCGGACGAGCGUGGUCUUGGACGCGGCCGACGAGGCUGUAUAUAAGUUAGGGCGAAAGGCGAGCAGGAACCCUCCACGCGCGCCAGCCGCCUCGUCUCGGCGAAACAGCAUGGACUUCUCGCCCAAGAGUCCCGGGCAUUUGAUCGGCUCGGACAAGAACAGCAAUGUCCCGGAUUCCUUCUAUGAGAGUUUCCGCUGGUUGGACGAGGAGGACAACCUGGAUCUGCGGCUUUUCUUGGACGAUUACCAUUCGAAUCUCCGGGAAAAUGUUCCCUCGCCAACUACACAGCGCCGGCCCUCUUUCCGACGACGCAUGUCAAUCUCCAAGAUCCCCUUUGGCCGCUCGUCGGCCUCGGCAAGCCGACCUGGUACGAAGGACACAAUGAUGAGCCCAAUAUCCCCGACCCACGGUCCCGUGAGCCCCAAGGCUGCACCCGUCGGGCAUACUCGACGAAGGUCCCGCGCAUUGUCAUUGAUUACCCCGAAACACACUCCUCACGGGUCAACCGGCGUGAUUGACCCUGCCGCUGCCCACUAUCAGGACCCCGAGGCACGACUUAAGCUGCGAGUAUACCUGGCUUCGCCCCAGAAGUUCGAUGAGGCCAUCGAGUUCGGAUUUCCGUCUACCGAUGCGUUAUCUAGUCCGACUGUAACUGCCAAGGAGAGCCGAGCACUGAGUAGGCAGCAGUCGAGACAGAAACUAUCCGACGAUUCAUCUAAUCUCCGGAGUUUUCUGGAUGAUGUCGACGACGACGAUGAUGACGACGACGAGGAUAAGCUCUCAAUGAACAGCGACGAACCUUCAGUCACGGAUCCGGAUUCCCCCAGGACCCCUCAGACUUUCGACAAGCCCACCAUUAGACCGCACCGAGGUUGCGCAGAUCCGGCUCACACCCAUGUCUCCAAACCCUCGGAGGCCAGCUAUGUCCAAGCCUCAGUCUCGUCUAGAGAGAUGACCUUGCGUAUGACGUUGACGAGACCGGAUUUGAGGGCUCACGAGGACCAGUUAUAUGGAUGGCAGAAGCCGGGACAUCUGGCAGGAAAAAGGUCACAGACGUCUCACCUGCGCGACGACUCGACCACAAAUGUCACCUACAUUGGCGAGAAGACACCGAAAGAGAGCAUCGAGAAAGUCCUUGCGGGAAUCGACCACUGGAACGCAACCGAGUCGGAUAACAGUGGUGUCAUGAAGCGUAUCUGGAACCGUGUGCGCCGAGCUUGAGAUCUGAUCCCGAUCUGAUCCUAAUCUGAUACCGACUCUUGUCUUCUCCUUUCGAUCCUCCAACGACUCGACCUUCCCAUCUGUGCUGCGUGCUGGGGAAUUCAUGUCCUUCUUCCCUAACUCAUCGAAUGGCAAAUUUCACUCUCACCAAAACAUUCACUAUUGCCUGAA